GUUUCACCCGGACAAGAAUCCGGACGACCCCGAUGCCAAGCUCAAGUUCCAGAAGGUCGCCGAGGCCUUCACGGUCCUGUCAGACGAGAACAAGCGUGCAAAGUACGACAACUCUGGCGACAUGGACCUAGAGGGCUUCGACGUGGAGACCUUCAUGGAAAUGGUGAACGCUGCAGGGCUGAAGUUCCAGAAGCAAGACCGCGGUUCGGACGAGCGUGAUGGCCGCGACGACUUCCCGGAGGAGGCGCCUUCGCGAAGUGCCAUGGAUCGCCUGGCGGGCCUGGGCGUGUCUGAUGAGGAGCAGGGCGAUGCGAUAGCCAUCGGAGAUGGAGACUACGAUGCGAAUCCGUUCCUCCUCGGCGCCGAAGCGUCGAAUCCGGCGGAGGUACCCAUCUUCGCAUCCGAAGGGGGUGCGGAAGCACAACAAGCAGCUGCCGCGGCUCUGCGACAUCUUCCUGCAGGCCUUCUGAACACGGGGUAUUACGUCCGCUUCUUUCAGGAGACGAAACUGCUCGGGUCUGGAAGUUUCGGGGCGGUCUACCUCUGCCGUCACGUUCUAGACGACAUGAUGCUGGGCGACUAUGCUGUGAAGAAGGUGCCGGUCGGAGACAACAAGGUCUGGCUCCGGGACAUGGUGCGGGAAGAUGCCAUGUCCAAGCGAAAGCUGGAGGAUGCCCAGGCAGAAGCCAAUCGGCCAUCCCAAGCAGGCCGGCCCCCCUUGGUUUUCCACCUCGAAGCAACUUGUGGCCGUGCACGAGCUGCAACAGUGACUUUGCCCCAUGGUGACGUGCUGACACCAGUUUUCAUGCCAGUUGGCACGCAGGGCACCAUCAAGGGCAUGUCGUCCGAGGACAUGGAGACGCUCGGCUGCCGGAUCUUGCUGGGGAACACCUUCCACCUGGCAAACCGCCCCACCUGCGAGCUUCUUCGAAAAUGCGGUGGUCUGCACAAACUGAUGAACUGGAACGGCAACAUCCUCACUGACAGCGGGGGGUUUCAGAUGGUCUCCUUGCUGAAGCUGGCCGUGAUUACAGAAGAUGGUGUCGAGUUUGAAGACCCGAAGAAGCCGGGAAGCCGGAUGCUGCUGACGCCAGAGAAGUCCAUUGAGUCCCAGAACGACAUCGGGGCCGACAUCAUGAUGGCCCUGGACGAUGUGGUGUCUUCCACGCUGGAUCCUGUCAAGGACGAGGCACGCAUCAAAGAGGCGACGGAUCGGACUUUGAGAUGGAUUGACCGAUGCAUGAAAGCGCACCGAAAUCCAGAGCAGCAGAAUCUCUUCGGCAUCGUUCAGGGCCACCUGGACGUCAAGGACGGAGGCUUACGGGACUACUCCUUGAAGGAGAUGAUCAAACGUGAUUUGCCCGGCUACGCCAUCGGGGGCUUGUCAGGAGGCGAGGCCAAGUCAGAGUUCUGGCGCGUGGUCGAACGCUGCACGCGACCUGAAAGUGGCCUCCCUCCGAUGAAGCCGCGUUACCUGAUGGGAGUGGGCUAUCCCCUGGACAUCGUGAUUUGUGUCGCGCUGGGCGUCGACAUGUUUGACUGCGUCUAUCCCUGCCGAACGGCACGCUUCGGGACAGCUUUGGUGCGGAGUGGCCAGCUCAGGCUGACGAGCGCCGAGUUCGCCAGUGACUAUCGUCCUCUGGAGCCGGACCGCGAUGGAAACGGCCAGGGUCCGCUGAAGGAUUACACCAGAGCCAUGUUGUACACCAUCGUUACCAAAGAGCCCGUGGCUGCGCAGCUCAUCACACUGCACAAUCUCUGGUUCAUGCUGAAUCUCCUGCAAGAGAUGCGGCAGCAAAUCAAGUCGGGAUCAUUUCCGGAGUGGGUCCGUCGAUUUCUGCAAGACUUCUUCCCCAUGGCGAAGCCGGCUCCGUGCGAACACUGCCCGCCCCGAUGGGUGAAGGAUGCUUUGGAUUUAUGUGGCAUAGCUGUGGAUGACCUCUUUGAUUGGAGCGAGUCUGCAAAAGAGUUGCCGGACAUGCCAAAAGACACCGGGAAGGCCUCCGGGCUGCAGCGAGUGGCCCUGAUUUCGCUUACGGGAGAAAACGUGAAGACUUUCGAGCGCCUUCAUCAUCCGAACAUAGUGGAGUACAAGCAUUCCUGGUUGGAGCUGUCCAGGCGUUCCGAGUUCUGUCCCUUCGUGCCGUUCCUCUUCAUCCUUAUGCAGUACUGCAACGGCGGCUCGUUGGCGGAGCAGAUAUGGCACGACGGCAACUCCCAGACGCCCAAGGACCAGAUGCCCACCGAACAGAUCUGGCACUUCCUCUUAGACAUCCUCCUGGGAUUGCAGCACCUGCACAGGCAGGGCAUCCUCCACCGGGACCUGAAGCCGACAAACAUCCUUCUCUCCUGGCCCGACAACAGCAACAGGGGCCCCGGAUCCGAGAUGUUUCCCAGGGCGCUUCUGAGCGACUUCGGAACGGCUCAAGCCUUUGGGGAGCCACCGGCCAGUGCAACGGCAGCGGCCUCGCGCGGCUACACGGGCACUGUGGAGUACACGGCGCCGGAGCUGCUCCUCAUGGAGGACUUCGAGCGGGAGUAUUCGGAGAAGAGCGACAUGUGGUCCCUUGGGAUGGUGCUCUACGCGAUGUGCUUCUCUUCCCUGCCCUUCUCGCACGACGAUCCACAUGUCGUGAAGGGCCUCAUCAAGUCCUUCGUGGAAGAAAAGCGCCGUGCGGCUCCCAACGAGAAGGCGCCGAGCGCCGAGGAAGACGCCUCCGGAUGGCUACCCUUCGACACUGGCGGACGCAUCGGGCCCCUUCGCUUGGUCCUUGCUGCUUUGCUGGCCUUGGAUGCCCGGCGCCGGCCUGCAGCCACGGACCUGCUUGAGAACACGGUGUUCCGUCGACAAGCACGGCGGUAUCUCCGAAAAGCAGACCCUGCAGGAGAAGCGCAGACUACGGCCUUGCCGAUCGACUCCUCCUGGAAUUGGCUGCCCUUUGGCCUCAAGUACAACAUGCUGUGGCGUAAGGCUUUGGUCGGCCGCAUGGAGGCGGUUGGGUUCUUUGCCCGCCAUGCCAUUCGGCACAGCGAGAAAUCCGAGGUGCCGGAGCGACUUUCCAGUGGAUUGCACAAGGCGAUGAGAGCUAUGGCUUCGAUGAAGGGCCAAGCCGUGCCGGUGAACGUGAUGAAGUCCAUGAAGAAGGGCCUCACGGCCGGUACAUGGGCAGCGGCAAAGAAGAAGGCAGAGCAAGAGGAGCAAGACCCUGUCGAAGCUUUGAAGCUCGCCAAACGGAUUUACGGUCGUCAAGUCUUCCUGGAGCGUCGGCCCCCGGCGGCAGCAGCGGCCCCGCCUAGCUUCGGCAUCCUUGCGGAUCUCUCCCUCAUUGCCUUCGAUGCGGGUCUGGGGACCCUCGAAAGGAAUGCUGAAGGCCGCUAUCGCUUGGCGAAUGGCGCCACAAAGGUGAACGUCCGCUUACCCCAAUGCAUCGAAGAGGUGCUGGGCCCCGUGAAGGAUUACAACCCAAAGCAGGUGGAGGAGUGGUGCAACUCCUUGGGGCAGGUGGUUCUGGAGAAGAUGCAGGAGCUCAGUGGUAACUUCAAAUACAUUGUGAACAUUAGUCUGAUGGAGAAGAAGGGCGCAGGCUUCCACACGAGUUCAUCCACAUUCUGGGAUCCGGAGUCAGACGCCGCGACCACUUACAGGUGGGAGAACAAGGCCCUGAUCUGUGUGGUUCAGGUGUUUGGCAUCGGAAUGUGA